AGUCCAUGUGACAUACGAUAAAAACAACAUCCACAAUAAAGAUGUCGGAAACCACAACUCCAUUGGUGGCCAAGGGGGGUGGCGGCCGGUGGUGGAAGACGAUACUAGAUUGGGAAGAAGCUAAGAAUCAGCUAGUGUUUUCUUUUCCUAUGAUUAUAACUAAUGCUUCUUAUUAUGCAAUACCCUUAGCAUCCGUCAUGUUCGUUGGCCACCUCGGAGAUGUUGAGCUCGCAGCCUCAAACCUUGCUAACUCUUGGGCCAACGUCACCGGUUUCUCCUUCAUGAUUGGGCUAAGUGGUGCCUUGGAAACAUUAUGUGGGCAAGGAUUUGGCGCAAAAGUUUACAGAAUGUUAGGAGUAUAUCUUCAAGCAUCUUGUUGGAUUUCCAUCUUCUUCUCCAUCCUCAUCUCAGUUGUUUGGUAUUCCACUGAACCUAUACUCAUUUUACUUCACCAAGAUCCUGAAAUCGCGAAAAUGGCCGCUCUCUACAUCAAAUAUCUUAUCCCUGGACUAUUCGCAUUCGGGUUUAUGCACAACAUAUUGAGAUUUCUCCAAACACAAUCGAUCGUAAACCCUUUAAUAUGGUGUUCAUUAGUCCCAUUCAUCGUCCAUCUCGCCUUUAAUUAUGUACUCGUGUAUCACACGUCUUUGGGUUACAUCGGCUCCCCUUUGGCUGUUUCGAUUACGUUUUGUAUCUCAGCACUUAUGCUGGCAGGAUAUGUGCUUUUGAGUCAAAAGUUUAAGGAAACAUGGCAAGGUUUUUCGAUGGAGUCGUUUAAUUAUGUUCUUGUUGGUUUAAAACUCGCCCUUCCGUCUGCUGCUAUGAUUUGCUUAGAGUAUUGGGCUUUUGAAAUACUUGUGCUUCUGGCUGGGAUUUUGCCAAAUUCUGAAAUAACAACUUCUUUGAUUGCAAUGUGUGUAAAUACACAAGCUAUCAGCUACAAUUUUAUGUACGGGCUCAGUGCCGCUGCAAGCACACGCGUGUCAAAUGAGCUGGGAGCUAGGAAUAUCGAAAGAGCUAAACACGCCAUGACUGUGACUCUAAAGCUUUCUGUCGUAGUUGCACUUGUUAUUGUUUCAGCUUUGGGCUUUGGUCAUAAUAUUUGGGCUGGCCUUUUUAGCGACAGUCCUGUGAUCAUAAGCGAAUACGCUUCUAUGACGCCUCUCUUGGUAUUCUCCAUCAUGGUUGAUUCUAUCCAAGGAGUCUUAUCAGGGGUGGCAAGGGGAUGCGGUUGGCAACAUCUGGCUGUGUACAUCAACAUAGGAACAUUUUAUCUUAUUGGCAUGCCGGUUGCACUUAUCCUUACUUUUCUACUGAAUCUAUAUGCAAAGGGGUUGUGGAUUGGCUUAAUAACCGGUCUCUCGUGUCAAACGGGUGCCCUUCUACUACUAGUGUAUCUCAACAGGUGGACGCGAGUGGAACUCAAUGGUGGCAAUAAUUUAGAAAACGUGAUCCAUGUUUGACCGAUUUCGUGUAUCUAGUAAAAACAAAAACAUAGAGAGAUUGUGUACGGACUCAUCUUAAUGGCAUCUACCCGUUUAGUUAA